CGCAUCUCUGGCAUCCCCCCCCGAUAAGCUCCGCUCAUAUCAUUCGGCUCAGGUCCUCCUCUGCACUGAGGUUGCAGCGCUGCAUGUGCAUGAGCCGCUCCAUGCCUGCAGGGUGGGGGUGGUGCGGCGUCGUCCUGACCUUGAGGCGCUCCACGCGCCCCCCUCCAGCACACAGACGGCGGUGGUGCACGUGGUGGUCGAUGGUGGUGCUGGGGUUCUUGGUGGUGGUGGUGGGCAGGUGUCGGUGGGCCAUACCAGCGACCAGCCUGCAUCCACACACACAAUGGGUGAGGCCGACAAACAAAUGAGUGCAUGUGUCGAGGUGUGCUGUGCUGUGCUGUGCUGUGUUGGUUUGUGUUGUUACCUCUUGGCAAUAUCCCCGAUGUAGACGGUGGCGAACUUAAUGUGGUGUGGGUACGACGGGUUGCCCGUGGCCACGGCGUACACCUCCACAAGCGGCGGCGGGCAGGGGAUUCCCUCCAGAUGAGCCAGGUGGUUGGCGAGCUUCGCCUGCACACACACAUACGACACAGCACCACAGUCCAUGCCACAGUGAAUUGGCCAUCAAUGCCCGUGUGUUGUGUGUCGUACCACGUCGGCGAUGGGCGUUUGGCGCGGGAGCUUGAUGGCAAAGGACGGGCUGAGGUUGAUCAUGAGUGCGCACAUGUCAAAGAGGGACUGGAGGGAGGGAACAAACCACACAGGCACAGAGACAGAGAGUCGGGAUGUCAUCUUUUCUCGGCUCGCCCUUCCCCUGCUGCAGCUGCACUGCCUUCUCACCAUGUCGCCGCUGUUGCCCAUCUUGGUGAUGUCGUAGUUGCCGUGUGCCCUGUAUCCCGGCCCCCAAGGUGGGUCGAAGUAAACCUGAAUGAUUCCACACACAUGCACACACACACACACAGACAUAUCAGAUGCUGAGCGGGCAGCAUUUGUCCAUCAAGUGCUGACCACAUCGAACGCCGGCUUGCCGGGUUUUAUCAUCCCGCGGGCGAUGAUGUGGUCCUCCAUCUUGUCAGUGCGGGCCAGGAAGCAGUCUUUGUAGAUGUACACGUGGUCGUAUCCUGCCCAAACACACACACACACACACACAAAGACACACACACACACACUGGUAAAUGGUGUGGACGUCAUUCAGGGCAUGGACGGUGUUUGGUGCACACACCGUAGAUGUGGUGGAGGUUGUGUAUGGCGUUUUCGUAGUGCUCAGGGUUCUUCUCCGACCCCACCACCUCCAGGCCAUUGGCGGCGAAGCCGAUGGCAUUGCCCGCUGCACACACACAGACACAGACAGACAGACAGACAGAGGUGCUUCCAUGUGUGUGUGCAUGGGCCUCUCUGUCUGUGUAAUGUGCGGUGUGUACCUCCGCCAGUGCAUGCGUCGUAUAUGUAGGCGUCGGGGAUGACGGAUGCGAUCGACUGGGCCGUGAUGUUGGCGAUAUUCUCCUCGCUCACACUAUACCUGAGCGAUGGGCAGGCACAUCAAGGGAGGACCCAAUCAAUGGCCCGUGUCAUCAUGUAGGUGUGUGUGCUGUGUGUUGCUGUGGUGUGUCGGCCGUUCGCUUACUCCAACUCUUGUGUGCUCAUGACAGCCCCCUUCUUGGCGAACAUGGGGCCGCGAUCCACCGUCACCACACGCAGGUAUAGCUCCUGCUGCAACGCCCCACGAGCCGCCAUGAUGGCCCUGGGGGCUAUGUACGGCCUCGGCGGCUGAGGGCCACACACACAACACAUACACAACAGACAGAGAGAGAGUGAGGGGAGGGAGGGUCACGAGAGGCGCGGUUCGUCCUUUGGCACUUACUGGCGUUGGCGACCUGACCGCAGAGGCGUGGAACUCACUCGAGGUGUGCCGGUGGUCUCGGCGGGAAGCCUCACGCUUGGCCGAUGCUCGCACAGGAGACAAACGGCUGAACACAAAGGUAGCACACCAACCACAGAAACCAAUCUGAUGUAAGUGAAAUGAUAUGUAUGGCCCCUUUCACCCAUCCAUCCAUCCAUCCACCUGUGUGUCGGUGCUUUCGCUUCCUCGGCCUUCUGGUCACCCUCUUCCGCCCCCCGUGCCCCCUCCCUCCCCUCCCCCGACACCCUCGUGGGGCCCCUAUCAACGGUGGCCCCCUCUCCCUUAGUGCCGCGGACCCACUCGCCCUCAUACUGGGCGGUCACACGGGCGGCCUCACCCCCUGCCGACCCGCAGCAGCUGCCCUCCCACUGCCCCUCAUAGGGCGAGCCGUCCGACACGGCACUCCACCGCAGCGUCGGGAGGCUGCUGGGGCAGAAUGGAACCGUGACGUGGCCGUGCAGGCUCUCGGUCACCGCCUCGUCGGAGUGGUUGAAACUCUCCUUGCCUCCUUUCUCCCUGUCGCUGCCUGCAUGCAAUGUGUGUGGCACAUGAGCAUGGUCGACGGUGGGUGUGUACGUUCCUUUGUCGGUUUUUGUGUGACGUACUCGGCUGGAUCAUGGUGCCGCUAUCGUAGAGGUUGCUCGCCAACACAAACACGCCCUCGACCUCGACCUUGGUGCCGCGGACCCACUCGCCCUCAUACUUGGAUGUCGCACGGGCGGCCUCACCCCGUGCCGACCCGCAGCAGCUGCCCUCCCACUGCCCCUCAUAGGGCGAGCCGUCAGACACGGCAGUCCACUUCAGCGUUGGGAGCUUGCCUGGCAGCAAUGGCACUGUGGCGUGGCUCUCGGUUGAAGCCUUAUCGGCGUGACUGAAACUCUCCUUGCCUGAGUGGCAAAUGAGAAUGGUGGCUGGUGGGUGGAUGUCUACAUUCCUUCGUCGGAUUUUGUGCGACGUACUUGGCUGGAUCAUGAUGCUAUCGUAGAAGUUGCCCGCGAACACAGACACACCAUCGGCCGUCCUGGUGCCUGGCAUAUCGACAAGUGCAGUAAGGCAGCACAGCAACCACGACACAAUGACACAUGAGGGCGGUGUGCUCGUGGUUGUCGGUCGCUUACGAUUGUGGUGGAUCACAGUGCAGUCAGCCAGCAGGUGGUCGGCUUCAAUAAAGGCCGCGGGGGUGUACGCCUUGGGCACCAACGACACGACUAACUCGUCCAUAAUGGAGGUCGGGGCCUCCUGGACGCACUGCAGGCCACACACAGACAGACAGAAUGGAUGGAGUGGGCACGUGAUGAGAUACAUGGGUCGGUGGGCGGGGCGGGCUGUUGGUGGGUGCGUUGGUGCGUCGGUGCCCGCAGACGUACCUCUGAUGUGCAGUUGCUCUCGUAACGCCCGCACCAUCCUACGAACCACCUCCACACACGCCUGCAUGUCAGACAGCAGCACGACAGCAUUCCAUUGAGGAUGGACAGACAGAUGAGAAUGGACCGCACCCGCCGCAUUCUUCCCUCACUCACGUCAGACGAUCCAUCCUCCCUCUCCCUAGCUGGCCGAUGAGAUAUCUACUAGGCCUGCAGCAAGCACGCCUGCGACUCGCCUGCGGCACACACGCAGAGCAUCAUAUCAUGGUCCAGAGGCAAAUGCACUGAUUUUUGCCAUCGUUCUCGGUGUCCUCUUCGCCCCAUUGUGUGUGCCCUCCCUUGCAUGAUAGCUAUUGCAUGCGUACCUUUCGGCCUCGGCGCUCUUUGCCCUCUCUCCCCUCUCCCUCUGCCCUGCUGUGGGGGGCAGUUCUGUGGUCGGCAGUUCUGUCGUCGACGAGAACGGCCUUGGAGAGCACACACUGUUGCUGUUUUUUGUGACUUUAUUCGCCUUUAAGCGAAUGUGACGGAGCCCUCGAGCUGCCUUGACGAAAGGACGUCUUUGACACCAGAG